CCGAGCACAAUGACAUGCGAACUAUCGGAGUCAUCAUCAACCAGGACCUUGACUCUCUCAGCCUCGGUGGCAUGUACCCUCCAAAUUCCACCGACGGGCUGAACGGUCGAGACAUCGCUCUCCUCUAUGGAGGCCCCGUGAGCCUCAACGACGAUCAGCAUGGCAGGAUGAUCCUCUCCAAGACCGUCCCGCGGGAGGUAGAGAACGUCACCAUGAUCACCGACGACGUCUACGUCUUCCCCUCCCCGUACAAGCUGCACAGUCGCCCUGUGGGCCUCAGCUUCGAGGAGCCUGGGGACAUGUACAGCGACGACGAUAGGACGGACAGCGUGAACCUGGUUUCUGUUGACUCGCAGACGUCAACAUCGAGUACGAGGAACGACUCUCAGGUAGGGGAGGAGAAUCGUUCUCAGCUCGACGAGAUGCAGGAGGGUGACAAGGAGGACCCCCCUCCUGCCUCCGCUGCCAUUGGGGAGAGGACCUGUGCCAAUGAGCUGCUGCUCAACGGCUUUGCUGCAUGGGGCCCACUGCAGUUGGAGAGAGAGAUCCACGAAGGCGGGUGGUACCUCACUUCUUUCCUCGCCAACGCCAGCAUCGUGUUCGACACACCUCGAGAGAACCUCUACGAGAGAUUGGUUGCUGUCGCGUCGAGGAGGAUGUUCUGUAGAGCUGAUCUGCUCAAGUGGAUGGAGAACAGCACGGAGACAGCAGCAAGGUAGUACGAGGGUUGUCCAGUCUGUCGUGCCAUUGAAUUGUUUAACCGAC